UUAUUGCUUAUUAGGAAACUAUAAUAUAUAUAUAUAUAUAUAUAUAUAUAUAUAUACACAUAUUUAUUUCUGUCUUUUUUUAAAAAAAAGAAAUGGCGGUGACUAGGAAAUAUAAGGUGAAAAUCAGGCCAUUGAAGGUAGAAUUAGAAGUUGAUGAUUUCGAUAAAGAAAAUGAAGAAUCAAGAAAGGUGAAGAUGAUGACAAUAGAGGUGAAGUGGAAAGGAGAAUCGAAGUUUGGUUUAGUCCAAUUUUAUAAAUAUAAGAAAGAUUUCACAAGUCGGAGAUUUAUGAAAGAUAAUUGUGUUAAAUGGGAUAAUGAUGCAGAUGAGUUUGAGAAUGUUUGUUGUUUUACAGAGAAUCAGAGUCUGAAGAAAUACUCGGCCUGGGAUGUUACGUUUAAUGUUUUGUAUGCAACUAAUUUCCAGAAAAUGAUGUUGAUUGGGAAAGUGGUAGUUAAUGUAGCUGAAUUGGGUGCAAGAAGAAUGUGUUUUGUACAAGAGAAGGUUCCCAUAACUUUAAAUAUUGGUAAAACUUCCAUAUCAGCUAUGCUACAUGUCAACAUAACAUUUGGUGAGAUCAAAGACUCGGUAGAGUCGAGACAGCUGAAAUGGUUAUCAAAGAGUAGUAGCGUAUGUGAGAGAAAGUUGGAUGAAUCAUCUACAUUUGAAGCAGAGGUACCCAAGGGGAUUGAGUCGAGCUCACAAACUCAACCUGACUUAGUCAAGAAAGUUGGGUGGUUCUCUUGGAAGAGAAGGCGAUUAAGUCGAGAAGAAGCAUUGAUUAACAGGAGUUGUAGCUUUGGUGUUGAGUCGCCACUCAAUCAACAGAAUGUAGAGAAGCCUGGCCCUUGUGGUGCUGAAUCAAGGGACCAAAAUGAAGGCAGCAGAAAAAAGCCUGAUUGGGAAGUUACAGAACUACAGAGUAGGGAUAGGCAAACGAAGCUCAAAACCGAUGUCUUCUUUGCAUCUUUCGACCAAUGUAGCGACAAGGCUGCUGGAGAGAGUGCAUGCACAGCACUAGUAGUUGUUUUCUCCCAUUGGCUGCAAUCAAAUAGAGAUGCAAUGCCCACGAGAUCAGAAUUUGAUUACCUCAUACUACAUGGUUCUAGCGAAUGGAGAAAGCUAUGCCAAAAUGAUACUUACAUCAAUGAUUUCCCAAACAAGCACUUUGAUUUAGAGACUGUUCUGCAUGCUGGUAUUCGACCUAUAUACAUCUCGCAUGAUCAAUCAUUUGUUGGAUUCUUCAGCCCGGAGAAAUUUGACUCAUUACAAGGGGUAAUGUCAUUUGAUCAAAUAUGGGACAAGAUUAGUAGUGUCACUGCAGAUGGUAUUGAAUUUGAACCUAAAGUUUAUAUCAUAAGUUGGAACGACCAUUUCUUCAUAUUGAAGGUGGAAGCAAAUGCUUAUUACAUUAUUGAUACAUUGGGAGAAAGGCUAUAUGAGGGUUGCAGCAAUGCAUAUAUUUUAAGGUUUGACGAUAACAGUAUGAUAUAUGAGAAUAUUGUUGCAGAAGAAGAGAAGUCACAGAAAAAUGAUAAGGAAGAGAUGAUAUGGAAGGGGAAAGAAUGCUGCAGAGAAUUCAUCAAGAGAUUUCUCGCGGCUAUCCCUCUAAAGGAAGUGGAGGAGCAAGAGAAAAAGGAGACAGUUUCUUAUGUCUCGCUUCAUCAUCGUUUGCAGAUAGAGUUCAACUUGAGCUAUUUGUUGUCUUCUUCGUCAUCGUCUUUGACAUCAUCACCUUUCUCUUCUUCUUCUACUACUUCUACACUUUAGGAUAUUGUACAUUUAAUUUUCCUAGUAGUGUGUAUCUGUAUUAAAAAACUGUAGGAAAUAUUGAAGGAAAAAUAAUAUCUUUAGAAAA